UCUUAAAAGAACACUCUCGACUAAAAACUAAAAAUAGACUGCGAGAAGUCUGUCUUUUUCUUCAGAUUUAGUAAGGGGAGUACACGCCCGCGCGAGUGUUGAGCGGCUAAGCCGCGAGACGCGAGAAACGAGGGCGGCAGCCCGAGAAGAAAAAAGAGAAACUGCUCGCCUCACAAUGCAAAAUACGAUUGGCUGAUGCGUGAAGCGUUGACAACAAACUGUCAACAAUCGGUUUCAACAAAUUUUGCUCUGAAAAGCUUAAACUGGAGAACAUUUCUGUCAUAUUUUCUAGUUUCCUUGACUAAUUUUUCUUUUGCAUCCCUCUCACAGGAAUAACAGGAAAGGACAACAUUACAUUAGGUAACGUCACUACCAGCCCGUCACCACCAACAAGAUCAUACAACAAGAUUGUAUCGUUACAAAAAGAGGUUUGUAUGACACGAUAUAUUUUAUUUCGUCGGUCAUCUAACGAUAAACCAGUUAAAUUCCAGUUUAAUUUUUUGAAAGGUAUGGUAAGACAUUAUGUGUGGUAAUGCCAUUGAUAAAAGGUGACGUUAACCCUUGUUUCUUGGCCCUCUUAGCUUGAAUCAAAAUUCAAACGAGCAGCAGUAAUACGCAUAUACUAAUAAAAUACAUUUAAUGACCUUUAUGAUAAACUUGAUUUUUCGCAUGCUAGUGUACAUACCUUUUCAGAAGUAACAGUGUACAAGAAGUGGAACGGAGAAAGCAGUAAUAAUACACACAGGGGGUCUGACAACUGCCCACAAGUAACUGUUCCAGCGAUAGCUGAUAGAAUAGAGGUUUUUCGCUCCCUGUGCGUUAAGCGCAGGUUUUAUUACUGACAUUUAUCGGUUAAAUAGACGACACGGCCUAUUUUUGCGUUUGCCACAUAACUCAAGACCGCGAGUACACAAAAUAGGACUGAUUUGAAAUAGAUGACAAUUGUCCAACUUGUUGCCUGUGUCCUGUCUCUUCUUCCCUUGCAACGUGCCCAACCCAAUCGGAUCAGAUUGCGUUCUACGCAUUCCAUUCAUUCUUAGUGGAAGUUCAAACAAAUAGGGAUAUGCUGUAAGUCCAUGCUGGCUACAUACAUGCCGCACACACGUAAUAGCAACCUGGAGAUAGGGGUGAUUGCGGGCUCCACUAGUCGCCCGCAGUAACGGCGUCAAUAAUGAAGCAGUAUGGCUUGUUAUGGCAUUGUUUUUCAAACGUCUCCCAAGGAGUUUCCGAAUGACAACUAUACCUACGAAAUCGCAAAUUCAUUAAUUAGAUAGUGACUCAUCGCGAUCAUUGUGGUCAGAACAAAGAUAUUGAGAAAUCACUUUGCAUCAACUGAAUUUCUUUUUUAUGUGUUUUUUUUUCUCGAUCUAGAUUGACGAAUUAUUUAAAGGGAAUUCCUCGGCAAAUGUAAGCAGUUUUAUCAAAAGUCUGGCAAACGCAACAAAACCAGGGAAUGAAAUCACACUCACUGCAAAAGAAUUGUCAGCAUCAGUGAAGAUGCUAGCUCAACUUGUAAACUAUAAUUCACUGGUGAACAACAGUGCAGUUAAUACGAUAACAGACCAGCAAAAUAUUGUACAACUAGCAAGUAAUCUUCUGGAGGAAGAAAAUACCCCCACUUGGUUACAUCUGCAAGAGGUAUGUGAAGUUAAUUUAGGCCUAAGCCAAACGUCGAACUUUUCUUGAGAAGUUGGUCUGAAUAAGUUUGGAUCAUCCAACACGUUCUAUCCAUCUACUUCAGACGGGUAGAACGACUGAAGAUCGUCUCCAGGACAAGCGUCGACUUUCACAUGCGACGAACUAAAGUAAUAAAUUAAAUUGGCCUAUUUAGUCGCGUUCGGGAGAAAAUUUAUUACUUAUCUGAUUCAAUUUAUUAGUUCGACGUCUGACCCAACAGACAAUGUUAACUUACCGUUAGGCCGACCCAAAUUAGCGUUUGGUUCGUCUCAUGAAACGUUUGAAGUUUGGCCUAAGCCAACCUCGUCCCCAGGGUGCGUUUCCCUGGCUUUGUAGGUGGGACGCCCCACCUCCAAAGCCAGAGAAAAGCGCCGUGGGGACGAGGUUGGGCCUAAACUUUAAUUGUUUAAGACAUCAGCUAUUUUCUAGCUUGCGUCGCUGACGUAAUUUAAUUUCGGUUAGUAGACUCCUACUGUAAGUAUUAAACGUCUACAAAGCAGCACGGAUAUCCUUGUUCUACGUCGCCAACGGACUCAAAGAAUCAAAGGAACAUCUAGCCUUCCACACAGGCGUUUUUAGGGGAGCUCGUUUUUCAUCCCUCCCCACAAACGAAGGAAAGAAAAGACGGAAAACGGUAACUCUAAGGUCACGUUUUAGUCGUGUUUAGUCUUUCAACACUUUAUUUCAAAAAUGUUGAUAGGUCACUUACCACGCAAAUAAAACAGUGGAAAAGGAAUGUUGUUUUCGGUUGGGCAGGCGUUUGUGGGGAGGGAAGAAAUACGAGCUCCCCUAAAAACGCCUGCGUGGGAGGCUAAGGAACAUCAGGAUUGGCCAAUCAACAAUGUGUAUUUUAACAGCAGGACAAUCAAGGCGCGUACUUAAAUCCUGGUACACAGGUUGGUGGGGGGGGAGGGAGGCAGAACAAGGAUUUCGGCGCUGUUUCGCAGACGGACUUAACAAGAGUUAAGUUUCGUCUGUAGCGCAGGCUACUAUUUUCAAGAAAUUGCUCUCACUACUUUUUGUUUACAAAUUCUUAGAGCCGCAGUAAUGUAACUGACGACCUCCUAAAUGCAAUGGACGACUUUGGUUCACAAGUUGGUAGCCAACUGGACACGGGUUUGGAAAACUUAACUUACGUGAUAAUCCGCAAGCAGAACAUUGUUUUUAGGGUGGAUCUCUUAACAACAAGAAAAAAGGUAAAAUGAAAAAAUUCAUGACCUAGAAUUACUUUUAGCCUUCAUUUGUAGCAUGUUUUAUAUUUAUCAGAGUUCAAUCUCUGUCCGUGGAGUAAAAUGUUUGAUUACUAAUUUAAAAAACCUUUCAUUCCAUUGACCGCGCAUUAAUAGAGCAACCUCUUAGGUAGUGGUUUGUGGCUGAUGUCACGGCCGCCAAUUAGUUAAUAAGAACCAAACUCUUUUUUAAGCAUUUAUGUGCAAAAUAAUCAAUGAAUUUCUAUUCUCUUAACCUCCCGAACACCGCCCUACUCAUAUGGCUGUAAGCCAUGGCUCUACGGGUGACGUAAUGACUCCUAACCAAUCAAAACUUCUGAAAAUAAUUUGAAAGACAAUCGCAUCCACACAACUCCCAUUUUCAUGUUUUCUCCCUUGUAACAAACCAGCUUUAUUGUUAUUGCUUUUUAAUCGUUUCGUUCAUAUUACUUUUGUUUCUUUCGUUGUUUUUUCUCUUGAGAAGAAGACUCCUAUUCUAGAUUGAUAUUUCAAUUUUUUUUUCAGCUCAGCAUGGACCUCUCCCAGUACGGCGCAAAAAUCUUUGUUCCUGGUGAAGCGUUCGCCUUAAACUCAACAACUCAAGCGUCCACCAUUGUCUACAAGACUCUCAACAAUAUCUUGACACUUGAAAAGGAGGGUGCAAAGAACGAGGAAAAGAAUGGAAGGACAAAAUUCAAGAGUGGCUCAAGUAUUGUUUCCGCCACAAUUCUUCCGCGUCCUGUCAGCCCGAUGAGAAAACCAAUCAAGUUUGUUUUUUAUCACAAGAACAAGGCAAGGGACAUGUCUCUCAACUAGCCAGCGUAGCAAGUGUUUCCGCGCGAGUUCGUCCCUCAGCGAGCUUGGGAGGAAAUGCUUGCUACAACAUCUACAUUACAACUUACGUAUACACCGUAUGCAACUAAAUUAUUAUUUUAUGGAUAAGUUUUUUGUGCUUCUUUGAACCAAUUUUAUCGAUUCGUAAAGACGGGUUUUCCUCACUGGGAAACUGAUAUAUUUUGUGAAGUUUAGUUGCCUGCGACAUUAACGUGCCGAGUAAUUCAAGUAAAUAUGCAAUCAAAAUUUAAAAAAAAUGUGAAAUAACAUCCAUAUAUAAGUAAAAUAUGUAGUGAAGCUGGUAUGUUCAAAAAUCAAUUCAUGCACGAGAAGAUUUUUCACUCCUGAUUCACGCCAAUAUGUUACUUCGUCUUCAGGUUAUUCAGGUCAUGUCCCUUACCAAAUAAUGAACAAGAAAGAAGUAGUUAUCUGAAUUAGAAAAAACAAAAAAUUCGAUACAGCUCAGUAUAUAAGAUCUAGUGACAGAAAAGAUGAUAAAAGAAGACAGUUAGAAUUGAUCGAGAAGAAGAUUUGUGAAAUGGCUCCAGGCAUGAGUAAUAAUAUAUUGCCAGGGGUGUUCAAGCAGCAACAUUUGAAAAAUUAACGUUAACAGUUGCUAGAGAGCGAAAAUAGUAACUGGGGGUGGGGGGGGAAGAAGUGUCCUCUUUAUGUUCUUUAUCCAUAAGUUCUUGAGUUCUAUCGCUGGUUUCAUUUAUCGUUUAGCACAUUUUUCUAUCAUUUGUAUCUCCCCACCAAAAUUCCCGCCACUUGCUUUCAUUUGCUUCAAGUUUUCUAAGCAUUUAUCCGGUGUGCAUAAAGAUGGAUAAAUGAAUCAGAUAACUGAUCGAGAAGUAAACUGUCUUUUUUACUGCAGAGUGAAGAUUUUAUUGGGAGCUGUGUAUUUUGGCAAAUAGGACUUCCACAGAGAACGUGGUUAACGCGUGGGUGCGUGCGUGUGGAACACGAAUCAAACGCGCGAGUUACCACAUGCGAGUGUGAUCACCUGACAAUCUUCGCAGUGUUAAUGAACAACAAACCGGUAAAAAAAAUUAUUUUUUUUGGAUUCCCAUGCAGCUCCAGGAAUAUGAGCUUAAGUUUAGAACAAAUAUCCAUAUUCCAGUUUAUUUAUCACUAUUAUUAUUAUUAUUAUUAUUAUUAUUAUUACUAUUAUUAUUAUUAUUACAUGCUGUACCCUGUCGCCAAGCAUUCUCGAGUGGCGAAAGAGGCGGGACCCUUGGGACGAUUUUGUGUCACAAAGAAGUCCAGACGGGUCUGCCGUGAAGGCAAGCAUGAUCAUGCAGCUGCGUUGAAGUGACCUGCCCUAAUUCAAAAUGGUUACUGACAACCAUAAUACAAGCCGUUUAUUUCCGAAUUCCAAGAGCUUUAAUUUCUUCAUGCUACAGUAGACAACCGCGAAAUAAGCAAGGAAGUGAUGGACUAUACAACAAAAUACCUUUUGCAGCUUGCAUGACGCACUAUGGCACUGGGAAUACAAAAUCGCUUUUCUCUUGCAACUUUAUUCUCUUUUCUAGGUCAAAACUCAUCACGAACUGUACUUGAAGUCUAUCGCCACCAUAGGCUGCGCAUGCUCUUUGCUGUUUCUACUGCUGACCUUCAUGUUAACGGCAUGCCUUUGGAAGUAUUUGAAGAGCCCGAGAGUGAAAAUGAUAUUACAUUUGUGCCUUGCUAUUGCUGCGACUUGCAUAUUAAUCAUGAUCAAUGAGAACUUUCACCUUGAGGAGGUAAAUAUUUUUAACUCAAGUUUUCUUCAUCAGCAUUAGAUUGGUACUAUCCUCUCACUCACCUCCCUACUUAAGAAAAGGCUAUUUCAAAAUUCUCCCGAAAUUUCUCUCCCCCCCCUCCCCCCAUCGUCGAUUUAUUGCUUCUUUUUCAGUUUCGGAGUGGUCUCUGCUGUUGAAGAUGAUGCGAUCGCCAGAUGACGUAAUACAAAACGUUAAACGGGCACUACACAAUACUCACACCACAUGACAAAGUGUCACCAACAGUCUACAACACCCAGAAACACUCAACAUCCCAAUGGGCCACUUGGAAGGCUUUUUUCAGAAUUGACUAAAUCUCUUUCUUAUUUUUUUUCAGCCGCAAGAAUUACUACUUCCACUCAUAAAAACGGAACAAAUUACAAAUUCUUAUCUUUUCAUGCUCAUACUAGUAACCCUUGGAUAUGUCCUUUCUCGGUAGCACCACCUCAUUUUGUUUCCCUGGCGACUGACCGGCUGCCGUUGUUAUAAGAAUCAGAUUGAACUUAAGAUCCUUUAACCCUGGCCUUUAAGCCCCAAUAUUUGCAAACAAUUUAAUAUCAUUAUCACUACACGUGGCCCAAUGACAAACUGCCCUCUCUAAAACGCUCCUUUUCGCGGGCCAAAUGACAAAGUGCGGGCUGUAAAUGGAAUUUGCAGCCCGCAACAUGAUUUCAUGUUAAACAAUCCGUCGUCAUGAAAUAAUUUGUACGAUGUUGCCACUUGUAUUAAUAAUAAUGAUUAUCACAUGACUUUUGUCUGGCAUAUAGUUUAUUUGUGUCCCUCGUGGCAUCUUUUGCACCCUCGUUCCGCUCGAACGCAAAUGACGCUACUCGGGCCACAAAUAAACUAUCUGCCCUCCAAAAGUCAUGUGAUUGUCCUGUUCUACAUUCUCAUUGAGAGGAUUUGAUAAAAGAUCUAAACAGUUUCCCUUGUGGUGAUUGUUUUAUCAGUUAUCAUAGCUGAUCAGGAUGCAUUGAUAUUUCUCUUGGAGAACUGAUGCUGGUAGCCUGCGAAGCACUCUUUUCCGUUUCCUUCCAUAAGCCAGGCAAGAACGAAAGACGCGCGAGGAGGAACAAAUAGGCGGUCACUCUGGGAUUUAACGGGUUAACAUUCACUUUCUAUGACAGGUUUGGUGUACAGUCAUGGCGGCGUUACUUCAUUAUUUUCUCCUGUGUGUGUUCACAUGGAUGUUCAACCAUGGGGUCCUGCUUUAUUUACUCAUCAUAAAAACGGAACUGGGAGAUAAACUUCAUUCAAAGAUGAAGUGGUUUUACACUUUUGGAUGGGGUAAGAGAAAAGUUAACGUCAAUUUAGGUCAUCUUUCCCGUUUUCUCAGAGGCUCGACGGAGCGUUUUUGGAUUUUCGCUGUGCGAAGUAAGUGAAGGCGCAAAAACUGAAAGAUCGAGCCUGCCAACUCACACCAAAAAGCCUCUUUGAGCUUCUGCAGAGGAGAAAAUACACGCCAUCAUAUGUGCGCAGUGACGUUGCUUUACCUACCACCGUUUGUAAAUGCGCUUUAGCUAUCUUGCCCAUUUUUUUUCUUGUCAAAAAUGAAGGCAAAGUGACAAAAAUUCUAAUAGACGCCACGAAUAACUCAAACAAAGGGAGACAAUUUGCCAUCAUAGGAAGGCGGUAAACAACAGAAAAAGCAUUUCUCGCCAGCUCAUUCAACGUCCCAUCGUCCUUUGCUUCUGAAUUUGCGUAAUGCAGAGACGUCUAAAUAACGUGGCCGGGUGCAUAACUAUAAGAAAUACAUGUUUCGUUCUGUUUCAAACUGAAAUUGAUAGAAACAGUGUUUGGUAAAACUGAUGGAAUGUUCACGGUCAUAGGGUACGAGAGAACCAAGAAAAACCGGAAUGGUCUCCAUUAUUCUCUCUUGACAGAACUUAGUUAAUUUUCAUAUUGAAAGUGAAGGGAGAUAGGAAGUGAACAAAAGGAAAGAAAAAACACUAAAGUUUAACGUUAUUCAAAUCUUGAUUGUAAAACAACGGUUUUUUCUAUUUUAAUGGAGAAAUUGUUUU